ACUGUCUACUCCCCCUACCCCAGCCUCUUGGGUAUCUCUUGUUGCAGCCUUGUAAAAUAUAAUAGUAACUCCGUUCUCUACUUCCUAGGGUGGUGUUGUUAGGGCCAAGGAGAAUGUUACUGUGCUUCGGAAAACUUAAAAGCUCCUUGGUUUGAAGGGCAGCAUGGAGGCUCUGAGGGGGCUUGAUGCCCCAAAUCCCAUUUCUGCGCUUACACUUGGCAUAAGGGCUGGCAUGUCUAAGAACAGCCUCCUGGAUCUACGCGCAGGAGAAAGCGGGAGGGCAGUCCCGUGGCCAGGUCGGGAUGGCCCUCUCCUGCCAACCGCGGGAGUGGAUUGCGUUGGAAGGCCCAGCAGGAAGCAAAGCCAGGACUGCGCCUGGGCAGAAGGGCAGGAGAGAGGGUGCCUAGGCCGGCAGGGGCUGGCGCGCACAGGAGGCGGGUUCUCUCCCACCCUUCUGAGCCACGUGCAGUUGUUUCCGUGCCGGGGGGAUCACAUGACCCGCGUCAGCUGACCCGUCACGAUGGAACCCAGGGCUGGCGCCCGGCAGCCCCGGCUGCGCCGCGACCGGAGCCCGCAGGACCCUGUGGAGGGGUAAGAGCUCCCCCGCCCCGUCCUCUCCUCCUCUGUCGCCGGUUUACCCCAGCCAUCUGCGCCCCAGUCUCUGGCCCUCGCCCAUCUCAACCCUCCCGGCCUGGCACCCCGGAAGCCAGCUCGAAGAGGGCCGUGGCCAGGCUUAGCCCCGCGCUGCCCCCAGGCGGCCAGGAGGAGAUGGCCCAGGGGAGCAGGGCGCGGGAAGUCGCUCUUCCCACCCGGGCCGAGGGCUGGUCGCCACCCCCUAGCCCAGACAUGGAGGAGCUGCUCAAGUGCGUGGAGAGGGACCUAAACAUCGAUGCCCGGCAGCUGGCCCCGGCCCCGGCGGGCACCCACGUGGUGGCCCUAGUGCCCGCGCGCUGGCUGGCCAGCCUCCGAGAGCGCCGGCUGGGACCCAGCCCCCGCGCAGAGGGCCUGGGCGAAGCGGAAGUCAGGACUCUGUUGCAGCGCUCCGCACAGAGGCUGCCCCCGGGCUGGACGCGCGUGGAGGUGCAUGGGCUGCGGAAACGGAGACUGACCUACCCACUGGGCGGGGGCCUGUCCGUUGAGGAGGGGUCCUCCAGCCCUGAGACCCUCACUCGCUUCAUGCAAGAGGUGGCUGGCCAGAAUUACCGCAACCUGUGGCGCCAUGCAUACCGCACUUAUGGGCAGCCCUAUAGUCAUAGUCCUGCCCCCUCAGCAGUCCCUGCCCUGGACUCAGUAAGACAGGCUCUGCAGAGGGUCUAUGGUUGCCCCUUCCUGCCACUGGGUGAGACCACCCAGUGCCCAUCAUAUGCCAGAGAUGGUCCCUGUCCCUCUCGGAGCACCCCGGCCUGUCCCAGCCUUUUGCGGGCUGAGGCCCUGCUGGAGUCACCAGAAAUGUUGUAUGUGGUACACCCUUAUGUCCAGUUUUCUCUGCAUGAUGUAGUCACCUUCAGCCCUGCCAAGCUGACCAAUAGCCAAGCCAAGGUGCUUUUCAUUCUCUUCCGCGUGCUGAGGGCCAUGGAUGCCUGUCACCGCCAGGGCCUGGCCUGCGGGGCUCUGUCUUUACAUCACAUCGCUAUUGAUGAGAAGCUUUGCAGUGAGCUACGGCUGGACCUGAGUGCUUAUGAGAUGCCUAUGAAGGAUGAGAACAAGGAGACCCCUGUAGUGACGGAUAGAACAGGCGCUCAGUCUGAAGAGGAGGCAGGGAGACCUGGGUGUCCCAUCUGCAAGGAAGAGCUUAAGGGCCUUGUGCUUGACUGGGUCCAUGGUAGAAUCAGCAAUUUCCACUACCUUAUGCAGCUGAAUAGGUUGGCAGGUAGGCGGCAGGGAGAUCCCAACUACCACCCAGUGCUGCCCUGGGUGGUGGACUUCACAAUGCCUCAUGGGCGCUUCCGAGACCUGCGCAAGUCCAAGUUCCGCCUCAACAAGGGAGAUAAGCAGCUGGACUUCACUUAUGAGAUGACCCGGCAGGCAUUUGUAGCAGGUGGUGCGGGCAGUGGGGAACCACCUCAUGUUCCUCACCACAUCUCAGAUGUGCUCUCCGACAUCACAUACUAUGUAUACAAGGCUCGACGCACACCCCGCUCAGUGCUCUGUGGACAUGUCCGAGCACAGUGGGAGCCCCAUGAGUACCCCGCCAGCAUGGAGCGGAUGCAGGCCUGGACACCUGAUGAGUGCAUCCCUGAGUUCUAUACUGACCCCUCUAUCUUUUGCUCCAUCCACCCUGACAUGCCUGACCUGGACGUGCCAGCCUGGUGCAGCUCCAGCCAGGAGUUUGUGGCUGCCCACCAGGCACUGCUGGAGAGCCGUGAGGUAUCCCAGGACCUGCACCACUGGAUUGACCUCACUUUUGGCUAUAAGCUCCAGGGCAAGGAGGCUGUGAAGGAGAAGAAUGUGUGUCUGCACCUGGUAGACGCCCACACCUACCUCACCAGCUAUGGUGUGGUACAGCUUUUCGAUCAGCCGCAUCCCCAGCGCCUGGCUGGGGUGCCUGCCCUUGGCCCUGAACCUCCAGUCAUCCCUCGGCUGUUGGUCCAGGCCAUCCAGGAGACCACAGGCAGGGAGGAUUUCCCACAACCCCUCACAAAUGGUGUAGGCAGAUUGGUUUUAGAGGCCACUCCAUGUGAGGCUGGCUGGACCAGAGACAGGCCCAUGGCAGGGGAAGAUGACUUAGAGCAGGCCACAGAAGCUCUGGAUUCCAUCUCCCUGCCUGGGAAAGCAGGUGACCAGCUGGGCUCCUCCUCCAGUCAAGCCCCCAGUGGUCUCCUGUCUUUCUCAGCAGCUUCUGCCUCUCGACCGGGCCGCAGGAACAAAGCCACUGGGGCAGAACUUGGGGAGGGUGAGGAGGGGAAGAUCCUUCUUCCUGAGGGUUUCAGUCCCUUGCAGGCCCUGGAGGAGCUGGAGAAAAUGGGCAACUUCCUGGCCAAAGGACUAGGGGGCCGGCUGGAGGUACCUGAGCAGCCUCAGGUCCAGCCACCUGUGCAGCUGCAGGACCUCUUCCAAAGGGACAUGCAGGCACUGGGUGUCCUGUUGGCUGAGAUGGUGUUUGCCACUAGAGUCCGGACGCUGCAGCCUGAUGCCCCCUUGUGGGUACGCUUCGAGGCCAUUCGGGGGCUGUGCACCUGCCACCCCAGGGAGAUCCCUGUGUCUUUGCAGCCUAUGCUGGACACACUUCUGCAGCUGAGUGGAUCUGAAGGCUCCGUGGUGGCAAGGAGAGGCAAGCUGGACCCACUGUUUGAGUACAAACCUAUCUCCCAGGGAUUGCCCCCGCCCAGCCCAGCCCAGCUUCUCAGCCCCUUCAGCUCUGUGGUUCCCUUCCCUUCCUACUUCCCGGCGCUGCACAGGUUCAUCCUCCUGUACCAGGCGAGGCGCGUGGAGGAUGAAGCCCAGGGACGGGAGCUGGUGUUUGCUCUGUGGCAGCAGCUGGGUGCAGUGCUAAGUGACAUCACUCCCGAGGGUCUGGAGAUCCUGCUGCCCUUCGUGCUGUCACUCAUGUCCGAGGAGCACACAGCCGUGUACACAGCCUGGUACCUAUUCGAACCUGUUGCUAAGGCACUGGGCCCCAAGAAUGCCAAUAAGUACCUCCUGAAGCCUCUCAUUGGUGCCUACGAGAGCCCCUGCCGGCUGCAUGGCCGCUUCUACCUGUACACUGACUGCUUUGUGGCCCAGCUAAUGGUGCGACUGGGCUUGCAAGCCUUUCUGGUCCACCUGCUGCCUCAUGUCCUGCAGGUGCUGGCUGGCAUGGAGGCCUCACAGGAGGAGAGCAAAGGCCUUGUGGGAGCCACUGAGGAUGAGGAAAGUGAGCUCCCAGGUGCCGGGCCCACCUCCUGUGCCUUUGGGGAGGAGAUGCAGAUGGAAGAGGAGCCAGGUGCCUCCUCGGGCCUGGACCUCCCAGACUACACAUCUGGUGUUAGCUUCCACGACCAGGCCGACCUCCCUGAGACGGAGGACUUCCAAGCUGGGCUCUACGUAGCUGAGUCUCCACAGCCCCAGGAGGCUGAGGCUGUGAGCCUGGGCCGGCUGAGUGACAAAAGCAGCACCAGCGAAGCCUCCCUGGGGGAGGAGCGGACUGCAGAUGACGGAGGUGCCCCUGUGGACAAGAACAGCCUCAGGUCAGGUGACAGCAGCCAGGAUUUGAAGCAGAGUGAGGGCUCCGAGGAGGAAGAAGAGGAGGAGGAAGGCUGUGUGGUGUUGGAAGAUGAGGAAGGGGAGCAAGAGGAAGUCACUGGGGCAUCCGAGCUCACUCUGUCCGACACGGUGCUGUCCAUGGAGACAGUUGUGGGCAGUGGCAACGGGGGAGACAGACAGGAGGAAGAGGAGCCCCUCACAGAGGAGUCGGAAGGGAAAGAGCAGAAGAUCCUCCUUGAUACAGCCUGCAAGAUGGUCCGCUGGCUGUCGGCCAAGCUCGGCCCCACAGUGGCCUCUCGCCACGUGGCCCGGAACCUGCUGCGCCUGCUGACAUCUUGUUAUGUUGGGCCCACUCGGCAGCAGUUCAUGGUCAGCAGUGGUGAGAAUCCUCCGUUGAGUGCCGGCAACAUCUACCAGAAGAGGCCAGUCCUGGGCGACAUCGUGUCGGGGCCUGUGCUCAGCUGCCUCCUCCACAUUGCCCACCUGUACGGGGAGCCUGUCCUUACCUACCAGUACCUGCCCUACAUCAGCUACCUGGUGGCUCCAGGUAGCAACUCAAGCCCCAGCCGACUCAACAGUCGCAAGGAGGCUGGGCUGCUGGCAGCAGUGACACUGACUCAGAAGAUCAUCGUGUACCUGUCAGACACGACCCUCAUGGACAUCCUGCCCCGGAUCAGCCAUGAAGUCCUGCUGCCUGUGCUCAGCUUCCUCACCUCCCUCGUCACAGGGUUUCCAAGUGGGGCCCAGGCUCGGACUGUCCUUUGUGUGAAGACCAUCAGCCUCAUUGCCCUCAUCUGCCUGCGCAUUGGACAGGAGAUGGUCCAGCAGCACCUGAGCGAGCCUGUGGCUACUUUUUUUCAAGUCUUUUCUCAGCUGCAUGAACUUCGGCAGCAGGACCUGCAGCUGGAUCCCGAGGGGUGCGACGAGGGCCAGCUGCCUGAGGCAGCCUUCUCUGAUGGGCAGCAGCGGCCAGUGGACCCCAGCCUGUUGGAUGAGCUGCAGAAGGUGUUCACCCUGGAGAUGGCGUACACAAUCUACGUGCCCUUCUCCUGCCUGUUGGGUGACAUCAUCCAGAAAAUCGUCCCCAACCACGAGCUGGUCGGGGAGCUGGCGGGGCUGUACCUGGAAAGCACCAACCCAAGCUGUCACAACCCUGCCAGCGUGGAGCCUACCAUGCCCAGAACUGCGCCUGAGUGGGAUGCCCAGGGUGGGGGCUCUUCCCAGGAUGAUGGCCACUCAGGGACCUUUGGGAGUGUCCUCAUUGGGAAUCGGAUCCAGAUCCCCAAUGACUCUCAGCCUGAGAACCCUGGUCCUCUGGGCUCCAUCUCUGGGGUGGGUUGCGGGGGCCUCAGCUGCGGGAGUGAAGACAAUGCCCUGAAGCGAGAGCUGCCCCGGAGUGCCCAUGGGCUGAGCGGGAACUGGCUGGCAUACUGGCAGUACGAGAUUGGUGUGAGCCAGCAGGAUGCCCACUUCCGCUUCCACCAGAUCCGCCUACAGAGCUUCCCUGGCCACUCGGGGGCUGUCAAGUGCGUGGCACCCCUGAGCAGCGAGGACUUCUUCCUGAGUGGCAGCAAGGAUCGUACUGUGCGCCUCUGGCCACUUUACAAUUAUGGGGAUGGCACCAGCGAGACGGCCCCCCGCCUCAUCUAUGCUCAGCACCGCAAGAGUGUCUUCUACGUGGGCCAGCUUGAGGCCCUGCAGUAUGUGGUGAGCUGUGACGGGGCUGUGCACGUCUGGGACCCCUUCACAGGCAAGACCCUUCGCACAGUGGAGCCAUUGGACAGCCGGGGACCCCUGACCGCCGUGGCCGUCGUGCCUGCCCCCCAUGCCAGCAUCACCAUGGCUAGCUCUGACUCCACCCUGCGCUUUGUGGACUGCAGGAAGCCUGGCCUGCAGCACGAGUUCCGCCUGGGUGGUGGGCUGAACCCUGGGCUCGUCCGUUCGCUGGCGGUCAGCCCCAGUGGCCGUAGUGUUGUGGCUGGCUUCUCUUCGGGCUUCAUGGUGCUCCUGGACACCCGUACGGGCCUGGUUCUGCGAGGCUGGCCAGCCCACGAGGGAGACAUUCUCCAGAUAAAGGCAGUGGAGGGCAGUGUCCUGGUCAGCUCCUCCUCCGAUCAUUCCUUGACUGUCUGGAAGGAGCUGGAACAGAAGCCCACGCACCACUACAAAUCGGCAUCGGACCCCAUCCACACCUUUGAUGUGUACGGCAGCGAGGUGGUCACUGGCACUGUAGCCAACAAGAUUGGUGUUUGCUCCCUGCUUGAGCCACCGUCCCAGGCCACCACAAAGCUCAGUUCCGAGAACUUCCGUGGCACGCUCACCAGCCUGGCCUUGCUGCCCACUAAACGCCACCUCCUGCUGGGAUCCGACAACGGCGUCAUCCGCCUCCUGGCAUAAGCUCAUAGGGAAGCUAGCUGGGCAUGGGGUGGGCUGAUAUUCCUUGCGGGGAGGGGUCCAGCUCUUACCCACCAGACAGGCCCAGCCAGCAGGAUGUAAGGAGAGCGAGGGAAAUUCGUUUCUUCCCUCUAGGGCCACAUAGGGACAAGGGAGGUCCAGGAAGGGGAAGGGAGACUGGAUUUUCCCAGUCAUUCUCCAGCCAAGCUCCCUUCACCUCUUGCCUUUACUGGGCUUUCUCUGCCUCUGUCCCCAGGACAAGAAGCUGUCCCAGUCCAGGACACUGAUGGUGCUUGGACUCCAGCCUAAGGAGGGCUGGCCAUGACCCAGGAGUUAAGGGUCGCGGUUUGAGGGUUAAGUGUCCGCCCAACCCGGCCCUUCUCUGUGUGGGACCAGGAAGGGAAGCCCGAGGACAGGACCAGGGGAGAGAAGGUGGGUGGACCGGGCCAGCUGGUGCCUGCGGGAAUGACCAUGCCCUGCCUUCCCACUCCUCACCACAGUGUUUGUGCCUUGAGCUGAGGAGGCAACUGCUGGGUCCAGAGCCCCUGCGGGGUGGGGUCUGAGAACCCUGAGAGAGGAGGUGAGGAGAAUCAUCUCUGCAUCUCAGGUCUCUCCCAGGGGCAGGAAGACCCAGACAUGUCUGGGUCUUUGUCUGGUGCAGAGAUGAGGUCUGAGCUUGGCCCCUACUGCCUCUUCACUAUUUGCAAUAGAUGUAAAUAUGAUCAAUAAAUCCUUUGGAAGAGCCA